UGUACAUGUUCGCGCCGGCGCGACCAGUCACCCGAGAACCCGAGCUUAUAAGAAAGAUUGCGCACGAGCUUGGCUCACGAGAGAGCUUUUCGACGUUUUCGUUGUCCUUUGUCAGUUAUAAUUCUCGUGCACACUGUGAUUGUCGUUCGAAUCAUCCCACCGUGUCCUAUGUAAUUACGUAUUAUAGAUAAAUUUGUGGUUGUCAUUUCCGUGGUGUCAACGCGACGACAUAUUCCUAAACGAUAAUCGGCUCUGAGAUAAGGUAAUUACGGCAGUCAAAUGCAGCGUACUAGAAGCAACAAUACUAGCUCCACCAGUAGCAGUAAAAACCACAAUAAAAGCAAUAGUGACAGCAGCACGUGCAGACAACAGCAGCAGCAGCAGGUUUUAGAGCAUCGUCGUCAUCGUCGUUGUGGUCCAGCCGUUUACUCUUAGAACUGACCCCUGCUGCUUCAGCUCUGGAAAAACGAGAACGAGUAUAGUUUUACUGUUCAGUAAAUAUAGAUUAUUGAGCUGUUAUAUACGCUCAUUAAACUAUACAUGUUGACGUCGUCGUCUGCUCCAUCGCAUAAGCUGCGUGCGAAGAGUUGAAUGUUGUUAAGGCCACAGCUCGGACGACGGCUGCAUGUGUUUUCCGGAGCACAGCUGAGCAAUUCGCGCGCUAUUACUUGCAGUAAAUCAAGAGGGAAAGAGAGCGACAGGGAUAGUGUGAGAGUCAAAGCAGUAAAAGACAGCAAAAUAUAUUAGAAAAAGAGAGCGCGCGCGGGUGAAAUUUUUCCUCUCUAUACUUGAGCAUUCCGUCCCGCAUACUGCAACAGCGCAGAGCAGCAACAGCCACCCCAGCAAAAUGGAGCAGAAGAGAAUCUACAAACUCGUGCUCACUGGAGGACCAUGUGGUGGCAAAACAACUGGACAAACCCGACUGUGUACAUUUUUUGAGAACUUAGGCUGGAAGGUGUUCCGUGUCCCCGAGACAGCGACCGUGCUGCUCAGUGGCGGUAUCAAAUUUUCAGACCUGAAUGCAGAACAGGCAUUCAAGUUCCAGGAGAACUUGCUGAGAACGAUGCUCCAAAUUGAGAACACCUUCUUCCAGCUGGGCGAGAGCAUAUCGCGGAAUUGCCUUAUUAUCUGUGAUCGUGGUGCCAUGGACGCCUCUGCAUUUAUAUCAAAGGACAAGUGGGAACUGAUGAUGGCCUCGAACGGGUGGAACAACGUUGAGUUGCGAGACAAUCGCUACAAUCAGAUAAUCCACAUGGUCUCGGCGGCCAACGGGGCCGAGGAGUUUUAUUCGACGGAGGACCACAAUUGCCGUUCCGAGGGCAUCGAGCUGGCCCAGGAGCUCGACUACAAGGCCGCUUCAGCCUGGGUCGGGCAUCCCUACUUCGACGUGAUCGACAACUCCCAGGACUUUGAGAGCAAGAUCUGCCGGAUGAUCGAGGCCGUGUGCCAAAAACUCGGGAUCGACACCGGGGACCGGCUCCGGGCUAGCAGUACCAAGGUCAAGUUUCUCGUUCGGGGACCUUUGCCCCCCGAUUCCGAAUUUCCGCCCUUCCAGGACUUUGACGUUGUGCACAAUUACCUACAAAGCAAGAAUCCCAAGACCCAAGCGCGGCUGCGCAAACGCGGGCAAAAAGGUCACUGGUCGUAUAUACACACGAUAAGACGGCCAAAGAUGUGCGGCCAGGUGAUCGAGGUCAAGACCCAACUGACCCACAGAGAUUACCUCAACAUGCUCGCUCAGCGCGACGACUCGCACUUUACCAUAUUCAAGCGCAGGCGCUGCUUCCUCAUUAACAACCAGUACUUUCAAUUGGACAUAUACAGAGAACCGGCGCAUCCUAGGUGCAAGGGACUGAUGCUCCUGGAGACUUACACCGCGCUGCCGAGCGACAAGCUGCAGAACAUCCUACCUCAGUUUUUGACGAUCGAGAAGGAGGUCACCGACAAUCCCGACUACAGCAUGUUCAACUUGAGCCUGCGCGCGGAGUGGAACACCAAAAAUAAAUACUGUCACAAUUUGAAAAGUGCAAUAAGCACGAGGAGCACCGGCGAUCCCAACAAGAGUGCCUCCUGCAACGAUAACUGGGACCAUCUUUUUACGGAAGAUCAGCUCGAAGAAUUAAACAAAUUGGAUCUCAUCAACGGCUUCAAGCAGCUAUAAGCCAUAGUGUAAGCCUAUAGUGAAUAAUGUACACGAUAAGUUUUUUUCCAUUCUUUCUUUUUCUCUUUAUUUUUUGUUGUUCAAUCGAUUUUCUCACGAAUCAAAGUUUCGUCUCAAGUGUUGAGGAAAUUUCUUUCUCAGACUCCACAUAGAUAAGCAAAAACCAUUGUAAGCUUGAUCAAAGUAUUUUUGGAACUUUCACUGAUUAAUCUUCCGCCCCUCUCCCCCCCCUCUUAUUACCCGACAGAAUGUAGAUUUGUUGAUUAGACUUUUGUACAUGUGUACCCUCGAUUAAUGGAAGUAUAUUGAGCAACAACGUUUUACAAUUUGGAUAUUGUAUAAAAAAUUCUAUUUGGUCCUUCUUGUAGAUUGUAAAAAAUUAUUGGACACGUAUUUUUUUUUUUUUUUUUUCAUAUAAUCAUGAAUUGACAGAGAUAGAGCACGUCAAAGUUCAAGAGUGGGGGUAAAAUACGUCAUAGGGACACAACAAUUGUAUGUCUUUAUGGCGUCAUAAGCUCCCACUCGUGAACUUCAACUUGCUCUAUCUUUUUCAAUUUAUAUUUACUUAUAUGAAAAAAUACGUGUCCAAUAAUUUUUUAUAAUCUACAAAACGGACCAAAUAGAAUUUUUCAUGCAAGAUCCCAAUUGCAUAAAAUCUAAUCUGCUCUACAUUUCAUAGCGAAACCCCGUCAGUAAAUUAGUACAGUAUUAUGGUAUAUUGAGAUGUCAUGAAAANAUAAUA